AUGUCGUCGUCGUCGGCUAGCGCUUCGCAGCCUUCUCCACCGGGCAAGCCACAGCCCAUCGACCCCAUCCUGCGAAAUGCGCUGCGAUACACCAUCUCGGCAAAGGAGUAUCAGUUGCUGCACCAGUACCUCCUUUCACGUGCGCCGGUUGUGAAGAAACGCAGCAUUACCCCCAAGCGAUACGAUGCCAUUGUCAAAGGUCCGGAUGACUACAAUGUCGCUGCCUUCCGCGCCGCGUUGCGCCUGGGCUUGGUGACCUUGACUGGGCUCAAGGCGUGGGAGGUGAUCAAGACAAGGUUCUUGUCGCGAAGAGCAGUCCAGAGGAACCCAACCCGUGUGCCCAUCUGGAAAUCACCCAAUGUCCGUCUUAGCAGCUCUCUCGCUCUGAUACUCCUCUUCCAUCGCCUCCUGCGACGCGUCUUUUUGCGUAUCCGCGAGAGUCUUCUCAGCAAUGAAGCGCGCUCUUUUCGGCGGCGGAACCCGCGCAUAACCCGCUCGUUAACGUCCACAAUCGCACCAGCUAUCGGAUCCAGUCUGGCAGGUUUCUUCCUCGCCGUGUAUCCUGGAGACCAACUGCGUAUUACCAUGGCAAUCUACGUCAUGACACGAGCGCUGGAAUUCAGCUACAACUACCUCGAAGAGCUAGGUUACAUGAAAAACAGGCCGAGCUGGUUCGGCUCAUGGAUGCUCAUGCCCGUAGCAUGCGGCCAGCUCCUCCACGCCUUCGUUUUCGACCGCGACUGCUUCCCCUCUGGCUUCGGCGACCACAUUCUCCGAAACUCUCCCGAGUACAUCCAAAAGCGUCCUGCAGACUACCCAAAGUCCGCACCCUGGCCAGGUACCUACGACAUCGUCGAUAACCUAGCCGAAAUCUCGCGCCAGAGAUGGCCACCCUUCAUCUCGCCCAUCCUCUUCCCAGACACCGAAACUCUGCCCAAACGCCUGGGCUCCAUCUCCCCCAUCACCUCCUCCGCACACCCCGCCAUCAAAUCCCUCUCCUGCGCCCUCCUCCACCCACAAGACCCCUCCUGUCUCCGCACUUACAUCCAAUACUGGAUCCAAGCCUUUCCCAAAGUCGCCCGCCUCUUCACCAUCUUCUUCGCCACACUCAGCAUCCGCAAAUACAAGGCCUUUUUAUCCUCCCCACUCGUCUCUCUAAACACACUCGCCAAAUCCAUUCUCCGCAUGUCUAUCUUUCUAUCUGGCGCAAUAGGAACGAGCUGGGGCUCCAUCUGCCUCUUUACAAACUUCCUGCCGCGCUCUUUUCUCGCGACUCAACGAUGGUUCUUAAGUGGUGUGCUAGGUGGUAUGUGGGGAUUCCUCGGGCGCAGGAACGGCAGAACAAAUUUCCUGUACACGGCGCGUAUGUCGGUGGAUUCGCUGUGGAAAGUGGGUGUUAAGCAUGGGUGGUGGACUGGUGUCAAGAAUGGCGAUGUCCUGCUUUUUGUAGCUAGCUUGGCCCUGGUCAAUACGCUUUAUGAGGUUUCGCCUCGUUCUGUUAAUAGUGGUGUUGCGAGGAAGGGGUUGGGUGUUUUGAGGGGAGAGGGUUGGGUGGAUAGGGCUGUGGUGGGUAGAGAUGAGGAUGAGACGAAGAAGAAGAGGGAGGAGUAA